CAGGUAUGAUAGUCAAAGACAGUAUCUUGAUCCACAUCUUGAAGAUCGUAUUGCUCCUGUUAUGGCUUUCUGGUUCUAUUGUGACCACGUACCAGAUCUGCCCUGCCAGUCACAAGGAGUGGAAAACAAAAGAAACAAAGCUCGAGACAGCACAUGGCCCGUGGAUCCCUGGCCACCUUACUCUAUCGGCGUGUGCCCACCACCCAGAGAAUGUACUCCAUGCGGCCCUGGGCCAUGGGCCAACCCACAACUACGUCGGUUUUUCUAUAUGGACUGUCAAUAAUCUACUAGUCAAUAGAUGCUUGCGAUUCAACAUACAACAUAUACUUUUUCUCAAUGUUUUUAGUUUAAUAGCAAUACCAUAUUGGUUGAUGAUCAUAGAUAAUAAUAUUUUCUUUGACUUUGGCUCGUAAAAAAUACUUAACAUCAUGCUGGUUGAGUCAGUCAUGUUAUCCCAGCUAAAUUUUUUGAGAAAUUAAAAUGUGAUUGCUCU